UUCAUGUUGUUUGUGGUUGUAUUGUACAGUGUAAUGAACUUUUACAAAUUGACAAUGUGAAGAUGAGGUAAAAUACACAAGCUUUGUUGCAAGUGGUUUUAAGAAGAGGAGGUGGAUGGUGGCCGGCCGGCGCUGUGGUUGACGGCUGCCAGCGGCGGUAGUAGAUAUGCGAAUGGAGAUGGGAGUGAUUGAUUUUGAUGAGUUUGUGAAACAUAUGAAGAACAGCUUUUGCAUCCAAUUUUUUUUCAUGUUUAUGUUUGAAACAUGCUGAAGCUACUCAUUAAAAAUUCACAACCGCAGUCCAUAACCUUAGCUCUGAAUUACAAUUUACAACCAGCCCCGGUGUCUAUCUUUGGCAACGAAACACAAGUCCUACUAGGAAUACGAGUAGGUUUUGGUUACACAUUCUUACUAUUUUCUUGUUGCUGUGGGGAAAAUAGUUUCCCUAUUAUUGAAGGAUUUGUUUUCAAUUCUCCAUAUAAUUAAAGAGUUCACUUCUCAUCAUCAAUUACUAUGAAAGCAUUCUUCUCUGCAUAACAUAACAUCACAUUCCAUCCAUACUUUGUUCUUAUUAUGUUCUCUGGUUUUGCCUUUUCCUUGUGUUUCCAAAUCAAAGUUUGAUAAGAAUAAUUCAUUAUCAAUCAUGUCCAGUUUUAAGUCUAAUAAGAAGCCCUGUCGUAGGACCCCGGUUGAUAGCUUCGGCUGUGGGGGAUGGACAAGCCUUCCAGUGCUUGUUUUUUUGAUUCUGGAUAAGUUAUUAGAACCCAUUGACCAUGUUCGUUUUGCUGCUGUUUGCAAGCAUUGUCGUUCUAUGUCCGAACUCUAUAAUCAUGCAACGCAACGGUGGCGCAAUAAACAACUUCCCCCCAUGCUCUUGAUCCCAAAGCAGGACGACAACUACCGAAGGGUAGUGUACAGCAUUUCUGAAGGAAGAAUCUACAACAAUAUUCGACUGCAAGUGCCUUUUAGCAGGAGGUGUUGUGGCUCUAGCCAUGGUUGGUUUGCCACAGUAGAUGUUGAGCAAAGACUUCCCGUGGUAGUACUCAGGAACCCUUUCACAAAAGCAAAGCCCAUCUUUCUCCCUCCCUUGAGAACCAUUAUCUCACACGAUGACCCCCCUUACCAUGAGCAUUACGUUCGUAAGGUUAUCUUGUCUGCCGAUCCCACUAUGAAUCCGGAAAAUUAUGUGGUUGUAGCACUUUACGGUCGCUUUUUCAUGUUGGCUUUCAUCAAGGCAGGCCAAAACAAUUGGACUUACCCCAUCCCAAAUGGUUUAUUUGAUGAUGUUAUAUUCUAUAAAAGCAAAGUGUACGCACUUGAAACCUAUGGAGAGAUUGAGUCAUUGGAUGUUUUUAGCAGUGACUCGCCACGGCUAAAGCUACGCACACCUUAUAAACCAUUCCCAUCUUGUAAAUUUUUGCAUGCAUAUCUUGUGGAAUCAACUAAGGGAGACUUGUUGCAUAUCCUAAGAUUUUAUGCGUCAAGUGAUGGUCGUUUCAGGUAUGAUGCUAGGCGGCAGACUACACACUUCAUCGUUUACAAGUGGGUGUAUGGAGAUGGAGGAUCUAUUGGGCACAAGGUUGAGGUGAAAAGCAUUGGAGAUGAGGCUUUGUUCGUGGGUGGCAAUCACUCAAUCUCUGUUUUAGCUUCAAAGUUUCCUGAAUGCCAGCCAAAUUCCAUAUAUUACACCGAUGAUUACUUUUCAAAUUGGCCAACAUUACACAGUGAUGAACCAUUUGAUAUGGGCAUCUUCAACUUGGAGGAUGGAACCAUCACACAACAUUACUCUCCACACUCCAUUUCUCAAAGGGCAAUUUGGGUUGUGCCACCGUUUAAUGGACUAUGAUGUAUUUUGUUUGCUACUAAUUCGUCUUACAAUUAA